UCCAGGUGCAUCUACUCGUUCUGCGUUUAAGCCAAUCACACGCUUGCAUUUUCUACCAGAAAACACACACAACACAGCUAAAAUGGACUUUUAGGAACCCACGGCCUGGGCUUGUGCACACUAGUUGCUGUUUAACAGAAAAGGGGAUGCUGGGUAGAAGGUCAGUCUAAAGUUUAAGUAAACUGGGUUUUUUUGACAGAGAGAAAAAUAAAAAGACUCAGACUGCGAAGCACAAAUAACAGCUCCUGUCAACACCUCACAGAGAUGGCGAUCACAUUAUGGGUGCACAUACUUUGGCUAACUGCGGUAGCCAUUUUCCUUGCUUUUCUGACUUACACCACAUACCAGCUGCUCAGCGGGUACGUACGUAAAUGGUACGAGAUGAAGCCAAUUCCUGGAGUUGCUGGUGCUUACCCUAUCAUAGGCCAUGCCCUGCAGUUUAAAGCUAAUGCCGGAGAUUUCUUCAGUCAGAUCAUAGAGGGAACGAACGAGUUCCGGCACUUGCCCUUGCUGAAGCUGUGGGUAGGCCCUGUGCCGUUCAUUGUCUUAUUUCAUGCAGAGACUAUCGAGAUGGUGCUGAACAGCCCUAAGCACUUGGAUAAAUCAUAUGCCUACAGAUUCCUGUACCCCUGGCUUGGAACCGGUCUUCUGACUAGUACAGGUGACAAAUGGCGCAGGCGGCGGAAGAUGCUGACCCCGACUUUUCACUUUUCCAUACUGACCGACUUCCUGGAGGUGAUGAACGAGCAGGCGGAGGUUCUGACCGAGAAACUGGAGAAGAGGGCGGGGGGAGGACCGUUUAACUGCUUUAGCUUCAUCGCGCUCUGCGCGCUGGACAUCAUCUGCGAAACUGCUAUGGGUAAGAAAAUCUAUGCACAGAAUAACUCUGACUCAGAGUAUGUUCAAAGUGUUUACAAGAUGAGUGAUAUCAUUUCUCGUAGACAGAGGACACCGUGGUAUUGGCCAGAUUUUAUCUACUAUUUUCUUGGAGAAGGAAGAGAGCACAACAGAAGGCUGAAGAUCCUUCACUCCUUCACUGAAAGUGUAAUCAGAGAGAGAGCGGAAUCUGUGAGGCAUGUCGACUCGGACCGUGAGCCUGAGGAAGGCCCGAGGAAGAGGAGGGCCUUCUUGGACAUGCUUUUGAAGAGCACGGACGAGGAAGGACGUGCUCUCAGCCACAGGGAUAUUCAGGAGGAGGUGGACACGUUCAUGUUCGAGGGUCAUGACACUACAGCCGCCUCCCUGAACUGGACCCUGUACCUGCUGGGCUCUCACCCGGAGGAACAGAGAAAGGUCCAGCAGGAGCUCCAGGAGGUGUUUGGGUCGUCGGACCGGCCGGUAACCACGGACGACCUGAGGAGGCUGCGCUACCUGGAGUGCGUCGUCAAGGAGAGCCUGCGCCUCUAUCCCGCCGUGCCGCUGUUCGCGCGGCGCAUCUGCGAGGACUGUGUCAUCAACGGUUUCAAAGUUCCCAAAGGGGUCAACGCGGUGAUCAUACCGUACGCCUUGCACCGGGACCCGCGGCACUUCCCCGACCCGGAGGAGUUCCGGCCGGAACGCUUCUCGCCCGAGAAUUCCGAGGGGCGAAAUCCGUUCGCCUUCAUUCCGUUCUCUGGCGGAGUGAGGAACUGCAUCGGGCAGCGCUUCGCUCUGAUGGAGGAGAAGGUGGUGCUGGCGUGGCUGCUGCGUCGCUUCACCGUGCGCUCCUGCCAGACGCGGGAUGACCUGCGACCCCUGGGGGGGCUCGUCCUGCGCCCGGAGAAGGGCAUCUGGAUCAGGCUGGAGCGGAGAUGAGCCACAGCCAAUCAGAAGGCUGCUUCUCUGCACCUGUCACCAUCCAACACCCCCC